AUGUUUAAUAGAUCAAAGAGACCACAAGUCAUUGGUAAUAACCCAUUAAAUACACCAAUCGUGAUUCACAAAAAUACUGAUAAUAUCCAACACUUAAAUGAUCAGGAAAUGCUAACGUUUUUAUCUGAUUUUAUCAAUACAAGAGAACAAAUAACCAUAGAUACAAACACAACUUCUGUUGGUGCUACUACUAAUAAUAACAAUAACUACUUUACUAGUUCUUUGUCACAUUUGAAAAGAAUUGAAAGGGAUUUUAAGGGAUUGCCUCCUACUAUUCUAGAAGGUAGCAAUAUUGAUGAAGAUGUGGAUCAAAAAAUAGUGGAGGGUGAAAAUGAAGAUGCCACCACCACUAAAUCAGCCACUGGGGCUGGCAAAAAGUUAAAGUUUUCUGAUUAA